AUGGGCGAAGGGCAACAGCCGAUCCCAGCUUCGCAGCCAGCUGUGCAAGCUCCCCAAAAGAUCUCUGACAUCAUCCGCACCUAUCGUCCAUGCAAGGCCUUCCGUGGAUCCAAGUCGGAAUCAUCGACGAAUGUUGUCACCUCCCUCGACUUCGACGACCAAGGUGAUUUUGCGGUGGCCGCGGGUGAUGACGAGACAAUUCAGAUCUUCGAUGUGAAAGAAGGGAAGUCGACUAAAUCAGUGCCGAGUAAAAAAUAUGGUGUGCACCUUGCCAGAUUCACCCACCAUUCUCGCCAGGUUCUGCAUGCCAGCACCAAGGUCGAUCACUCGUUGCGCCUGCUUGACCUUCAUAAUGAGGGCUAUGUGCGAUAUUUCUCGGCCCACACUGAUAAAGUAACGUGCUUGGCCAUGUCUCCCGGCAGCGACACUUUUGUUUCAUGCUCCAAGGACAAUACGGUUACCAUGUGGGAUCUUGGAUCCCGUAAUUUUCGGGGCCAGCUAAAGCUUGCAACCCCAUACUUGGUGGCCUUUGACCCAACGUCCUCCGUGAUGGGAAUUGCCUCUCAGUCUACUUCAUCUGUUCUUCUCUAUGACCUUCGAAACUAUGACAAAGCUCCUUUUGCAACAUUCGAUCUCGCCCCCUUCGAAGAGAUUUACACACCUUCCACCCGAGGCCGUGGCUGGACCAAACUUGCUUUUGCUAACGAUGGAAAAAGUCUGCUAAUUACGACAGACUUUCAUGGACAUUUCGUCGUGGAUGCCUUUGAUGGUACUAUCAAAGCCUUCUGUGUAGGCAAAGCUGGUUCGCCCGGUCGCGCUGCGCCUGUUUCAUCCACUGGCAAGCCAUUAGGACAGGGAGACGCGUGUUUCACGCCUGAUGGGCGAUAUGUGAUUGGAGGCAAUGGGGAACAAAAUGAUGUGCUGGUGUGGGAUCUAUCUGAUGCGCGAGUUGGCCGACAGAACGCGGCUCAGCUACAGCCUUUGACCAGACUGUCCCAUCGUGGCCGGACUGCUCUCAUCGAAUACAAUCCGCGAUACAACAUGAUUGCCAGCGCGGACCGGGACGUUGUUUUCUGGCUUCCUGAUGAACCCCCUCGCCCAUCGGAUAAGUAG